AUGAACUACGAGAACUAUGAUCCUUAUUUCCCGGACCAACCUGUGGUUGAUUUGUAUCUCCCACUAUGGGCUAACUUGCCCUCCUUCAAGUCCAAGCCAGCUUUCGUCUGGGCCGAGGACGGUUCAACCACUGUCACUAAAUGCUCAACGCUUACCUAUGCUCAGCUCAACAACUCGGUCCAGUACAUUUCUUCUCAGCUUCUUUUUCCUCUACAGAGAGGUGACACUGUUGUCAUCCUCUGCUCACCCGGGCUCGAGCUCGUAGAGCUCAUUUUUGGGUGCCAAAGAGCUGGCCUUGUGUGUGUACCCAUCAUCCCACCUGACCCUUCUUUUGCCCAAGACAAUCAUCACCACCUUGUUAGAGUUCUCUCCCAGACAAAGCCCAAAGCUGCCAUAGCAAACAGUGGCUAUAUCAAAAGUGUUCGACGAUAUGUAUCGUCCUCCUCUGCCCACAAUGUGUCCCUAUGUGGGUUGUUACAAAAGCUAAGAUGGAUAUCUAGUGAUGAUCUUAAAGAAAACAACAAUGUGGAGUACUCAAAAUGGAGUUUGUCGUCGUAUAAUGGCUGCAAACAGGACGACGUGUACUUGAUUCAGUAUACCUCUGGUGCCACCGGGAUCCCAAAGCCGGUGCUUGUGAGGGCUGGCUCGGCAGCUCACAAUGUCAGGACAGCGAGGAAGGCCUAUGAUCUUCAUCCCAAUAGUGUUAUAGUGUCUUGGUUGCCUCAGUACCAUGACUGUGGCCUAAUGUUUUUGCUGCUGACUAUUGUGUCUGGUGCAACAUGUGUGUUGACAUCACCUACUGCGUUCGUAAACCGGCCAAGGCUGUGGCUUGAGCUCAUUGCAGAGUUCAAGGCGACUUGUACUCCGGUCCCAUCAUUCACCUUGCCGCUUGUUGUGAAACGAGGUGGGGUUGAUAAAGGAAGCAAGCCAAUUAGCCUAAGGAGUAUGAAGAAUUUGAUUAUUAUCAAUGAGCCAAUUUACAAGGCAUUGGUUGAUGAGUUUGUUGACAUGUUUCGCCCUUUUGGGCUAAACCCGUUGUCUAUCUCUCCAUCUUAUGGCUUAGCAGAGAAUUGUACCUUUGUCUCUACAUCUUGGAGAAGAGAGGGCGAAAAUUUCAGUCUUCCAAGUUACAAUAAGCUCUUGCCUAGUGCAAGGCUUGGUUCGGGUACUGGCAAAGGUGAAGAAGAAGAAGAAGACGAUGUGGAUAUUAUUGUGGUGAAUGAAGACACACAUGAGCCAGCGGAGGAUGAGGUUGAAGGAGAAAUAUGGGUUUCAUCUCCGAGCAACGCCUCUGGCUACCUCGGACACCCUUCUUUAACUCGAGAGGUGUUCCAAGGGAGGCUCAACAACAAGGUGAGCAGAUGCUUUGUCCGGACCGGUGACAGGGGAAUUGUGAGAGGAGAAGAAAGGUAUCUUUUUGUGAUUGGCCGAUGUCCGGACAUUAUUAAGCUCCAAAAUGGGAAAGAAACACAUCCUCAUUAUAUAGAGACUGCAGCCUAUAACAGUUGUCCACAGUUCCUAAGAGGAGGUUGCCUUGCAGCUUUCGAGAUUUCAAGAACUUUACUACUUGUUGCAGAGCUGCAGAGAACUGGAGGAGAGAUUAGGGUUUUGAGGAAGGUAUGUGAGGGAAUAAGAAAAGCUGUUUUGAAGGAAGAAAAUGUUGAUGUUGGAUUGGUCCUUCUUGUUAAGAGUGGAAGUGUUCCCAAGACUAGUUCAGGGAAGAUACAAAGAUGGGCAGCUAAGAAUAAGCUUUUGGAGGGUGAAAUGAAGCUUGUAAUGCAAAUGCAGUUUGGUGAUCAUUGUCACAAUUCGACGUCGUUGGCGAGGAUCAUAAGCUAUGCAAAUGAGGACAAAGGGGGAGGUGAAGAUAAGGGAAAGAAAAUAGUUGCUGAAGAUACAGGACUCUCUCUUUCACUCUCAAAUGCACCAAUUCAUUUGUCCUUGGUCUCUUCUCUUUAG